AUGCAUUUGAAGUUACCUCCAGCAGGCCUGGAAAUGGGAACAUUCAGAGUGACUGGUGGGAAUAACAUAUAUAGAUGUAUUGAAGCUGCCCUGAAAACAGGAUACAGAUUAAUAGAUACAGCAGCUGUUUAUAACAAUGAAGAAGAUAUAGGCAAAGCUCUGGCAGAAUUGCUACCCAAGUUUAAUUUGAAACGAGAAGAUAUCUUCAUUACAAGCAAAUUGUAUGUGGGAAGUGUAGCUCCCUCAGAUCUACGUCAUGACAAAGUUGAGAAAGCUGUUAUGACAUCAUGUACCAAGCUGGGCACUUCAUAUUUGGAUUUGUAUUUGAUUCAUUGGCCGGGUGCUGCAGGCGUGCCUGGUACAGAUUCUAUUAAUGCUACCUUACGAAGUGGAGUGUGGGCGGCUUUAACAAAGCUGUACCAGAAAAAUAUUGUACAUGCUAUAGGUGUAUCAAACUACACUGUUGACCAUCUGAAAAAGCUACUAAGUAAUGAUUAUGGAGUGAAACCUGCUGUAAACCAGGUGGAAAUUCAUCCACAUUACAGACAGCCUGAAUUGACAGCUUUUUGUAAGGAGCAUAAUAUAUAUGUCCAAGCUUACUGUUCAUUAGGAGGAUCUGGACAAGAUGCUUUGAUGAAAGAUCCAUCUGUUGAAGCAAUUGCUCGCACACUGCAGCGACCUGCUGCCCAGAUUUUGUUACGUUGGGCUCUUCAGAAUAAUUUAUUAAUCAUUCCAAAGUCACUUUCUCCAGAUCGAAUAAGGUCCAAUAUUGAAUUGGACUUCACAAUUCCAGAACAAGAAAUGAAGGUGUUGAAUAACAUGUCUCAUCAGCACAAAUAUGCUUGGGAUCCGUUAACAAUUUUAUAAACUAUUCUGGGUAAAAUAAAUUGAGUAUACGCUCUUGGAAUUGAAUGCGAUUUAUUGUUACAUGUUAGCUAGCUUCUAUGCUUUGUGAAUGAAUGUAUAUAUAAAUUUAUCAUUGUGUAGAAGAUAUAGAUCUUUGUUUAAAUAUAUCCAUUGUAAUUCUGAGAUAGUACAGGAGACUUAAAAAUUGAUUAUGAUUAUAUUUGACUAAGUAUAAUGGCCUCUGAAGUGAUAGUCAUGGCUAGUAAUAAAGCAAAAAACACAAAAUUAGCUGACAGGAUUGCAGACUUAUGCUUUCAGAAAUAUAAUGAAUUGCCGAAAAAGGGAAAACCUAAUAAGUUUGAAUGGACUUACAUGGCAGGUAUUGUGAAAGUUGAGGGCUGGCAAAGAGGUGGUGGAUAUGAUGUAGAUUCUUUGCGAAUGGAAGUGGUGAGUUUAGGAACUGGAUCAAAGUGUAUUGGUCAGUCAAAAUUGAGUUGUAAUGGGGAUAUUUUAAAUGACAGUCAUGCAGAGGUCAUGGCACGCCGUGGUUUUUUACGAUAUCUUUAUGAACAAAUGUAUGAGCAUCGAAUGCUAAAUUCACAUAUCUUUGAAGGAACAACUUGUGAAGGAAAGUGCAUUUUGAAACAAAAUAUAACAUUUCACUUUUUUAUUACUCAUACACCAUGUGGAGAUGCAUCCAUAUUUCCUAAAGCAAUUAUGUAUGAGGAAGGACCUGGUAAUUGUUUGAAAGGAAGUGAAUCUGUUGCAAAUGAAAAUUCAAAUGUCUCUGCAGAGACUGGUAGUUCUGCUGGCACUGCAUUUGGGGAUCUGAUAUGCGAGACCUUGUCUACUGGCCCUUAUGAAAGUUGUAAAAGGCGAAGUGACUCUUACAAAAACAGCCAAGAAGUCAAAAGACUAAAAAUGGAUGACCAAGGUAAUAAAAUGGGUGAUCCUGACAAAGACUUGUCCAUGCAGCAUUAUUACGACAAUGAUAUCCACAGAACUGGUGGAAAAUGUCUCAGAAAUGAAGAGAGACAAGACUCUCAUCUGCCUGGAAGUGCUUACCACACAGUAGGUGCAGUGCGCACUAAACCAGGACGGGGAGAUCCUACACUGUCUGUAUCAUGCAGUGAUAAGUUGGCCCGUUGGAAUGCUGUUGGGGUGCAAGGGGCAUUGUUAGCUCAGCUUCUGGAUCGUCCCAUAUACUUUCAGACAAUUGUAAUUGCUGGUGGCGUUCCCUUCUCAGAAACUGCCAUGUUUCGAGCAGUGAGAGGUCGCUUGCAAAAGCAUGCUAAUUGUCUUAAGGAUCCAUUUAUUGUAGCAUCGCCGCUUUUGCUGCAAUCAACUGUGCCAUUUAUUGAUGCCAGGAUAAAGGACAAAAACCCAUGUCCUUCCAGUAUAGUAUGGUGCCAUGUAAAAGAAAGGGAUCUGGAAGUAGCUGUUGGUGGCAAAAAGCAAGGCUUCACAAAGAAAGCUACUCAGACUAUUUCUGGGAGAUUAUCAAUAUGUAAAAAGGAGUUAUUUAAACAGUAUUUUCAUGUUAUGCAUCUCUUUAAGGUACGUCACCUUCUCAUUCCUUUGACAUCAAACCAGGUAUUGGAUGAUGAUCAGGUGGAUGAAAUGACCUAUCUGACAGCAAAAAACAAAGCUCGUGACUACCAGGAUGCAUGGAGAACAAUAAGGGCAGCAGCGUUCCCUGCUUGGUCCUCCAAAUGUAGUGCUCUGUUGCUUUUCACUCCUGAAGAUAAGGCCCCUACAGUCUUAAACCUUCAAACCCUUCAAAGAUACAGGCGUGUCUGAGGCAAAAAUUGCUUUAUUUUCCAAGCAGUUUACAAACAUUUAUUUCAAUAUGCAGUGAGUGUUUGAUGUCAUUUCAUAAAUUAUUUGUAUAAAUAAUGGUACAAAUAAAAUGAGUAUUUUUGUGAGCGGCUUUUGUAAAAUAUUUGGCUUAACAACCAGAAUGUUGAAGAGUCAGCAAAUUACAAAAUACUUUGCUACUCAGCAUUCUAUUGAAAACAUGUGUAUCUAAAUACAACUUAGUUUUCAUGGCAUCUACUUUAUGUAAUAGUUAUGGAAUGAUGUAUGCAAGCACUUGUGAAACAGUUCAAAUGUUUUGACAUGCACCUUGUUUUGUGCAAUACUUAGAAUUAAGCUUUUUUGCCUGGUAAGGUAAAUUAAACUAUCUAUAAAGAAUAAUUUACUUUUUUGUAGAAAAAAAGCAACAAUGUAACUCAAGAAUUGAGGUAUACAAAUGUCUGCUGCAAAAUAAAUUCAUUGCUACCAAGUACAAAUACUGUAUAACAACAUUUGGCUUAACAAUUUAUUCUUAACAACCAACUCUUAACAUUACCUUAACAGCGAUUUAAAAAUUCGUAAGAUGUUCUAUUUCCUUUUCCUAAGAUUCUGUUAGAGAACUAACAAGAACCCUUAUGGAAUGCUCUAUCUUUACAGCAGAUAUGCUGGACAUGGGUACUCACUCAGUAAGAAAAAAAAAUCUUACAAAAAAAAAAGAAUAGGAACAUUUAUUCUAUAAUAUAGAAGAAUGAACUAGAAAGUUUGUGCAUUGAUUUUAAAAAUUGAGAUUUGUAUUAUUUAGUUGCAAGAAAUUGUUUCCAUUAUUAAUGUAAAAAAUUCCAUUGUCAAAUGAAUAAUGAAAAUAUUAAACCUCGUAUUUAUCUUCACUGAAUAUUUGUAUAUCAAAAUUAUUUCUAUCUGCCAUGUCAGUACAAUCGUAGACAGUUUUAGAAGAUAUGUAGUUUUUUAAAAAAUAUUUAUACUUUACAUCUUUAACAGUGAGCAUUUAAGUGCAUGGUACAGUUUUAAGUAUUUAAACCUACAAAGCUUGUAGUUCACAAUGGACAUGCGGGAAAUGUCUUAAACCAGCUUUCAAAUUCAGUUUUAAAAACAUGAACAAGUAGUUACAACAAAUACUAUCAUGAGAUCCACAUACUCCUUGCCAUGUUCGAAGUCUUUCACAGAGGACGGAAUUCAAGUGAUGAAUGUUGAGAAACGAACAGCAAGUUGAGAUGAGAAUCAAGACCAACGUUUUCCACCCGUUGAAGAUUGGCAAUACUACUUCCUGCAUGUCGAACUACAACUGCUGUACCAGAUACUCUCAUUGUAUGAGUAUCCAAUUUCUUGCCAUCGUGGGCAGAGUCCAUUGUCACAUGACAAGUCACAUCAACUUGGAUGUAUUUCACCACAGAACAGCCCUUUGGUCCUUUCACCUGCACAAUAAAGAGACAUUUAUUAUUUUGAGUUUGUGUUUCUAUUGUAAUUUCAAAAUUUACUCUUACAGAAUGUAAUACCAUUUCCUUUCAGGAUUAUGACAAGUUAGGUUUUCUCUAAAAACUUACCAA